AAAUCGGUAUUUCUGGUCACUCUGAUUGCACGCUUGCCUUGUCAUUUGAAGAAAAGCAAAACAUAACAAAAAUCCAUCACAACAUUGUGUAAUUUUCGUACGAAAUAGACUUUAAUUUAUUGACCAUACAUAAGUUUAAGCAUGGCCCAAAUGAUAGUAGUUCGCAGAUUAGCAGCACUAUUGAAAAACACACAUCGCUGCCAGUUCCUGCCGGCAUCGGCUAACAUUGCCAGUUCAACGACAAACCAAAGGCAAGAAAAUCGCAAAGAAGAGGUCAACAAUGAACCGAUCAAAUACUUCGGCAGCCAGGCAUCUCGCUGGACGGCACAGCGUAGCCGCGAGGGUCCCAAGGGACAAGAUAUUCCGUGGUUUCAGCCGUACGUGGUAAACUUCAGUGUGGCAGUAUUUCUCAUCUACUUCUGCAUUUUGCGCGAAGAAAACGACAUUGACGAAGGCUUGGGGCGGUCGCUUUUCGAGCAUGUUCCGGGGCUGGAGGAAAAGCAGCUGAUUCUGAGCUACCACUACAACAAGGAGAACGGUCUACCAACGCUCGAUAUCGAAAACAGGAUGAAAGAGCUGGGCAUGAACUUUGAAGCUGCCAGCUAGAGUGGAUUGUUA